AUGGACGAGCCUUCCUUCGAAAUGAAGCGAGUUACAGCACUAAAGCAGCUUCUGGUCACGCCAGUGACGAGAGGUAAGGCACGUAUCAGUGUACUAUCUGAUGCUUUGGCGCGUUUAGAUAGCGUCAAAAGUGUUAGAAAUAACAUUACCAAAACACCAGUGUUCGCAAGUUGCUCUUCAACACAGAAUCACGGUAAGACAUUGGCAACACUUCAGUCGCGUGCCUUCUCAUCUGAACCAACGCAAGGAGAGAAAUACGAAUUUAAAGCGGAAAUACAAAAAUUAUUACAAAUUGUUGCCCACUCGCUAUACACUGAUAAGGAGGUAUUUAUUAGGGAACUUAUUAGCAACGCUAGUGACGCCUUGGAAAAACUCAGGUUCCUAGAAGCUACAGAAGAAGGGCUUUCAACAAGAAAAAUCGAUGCUGAUGUAUCAUACAAGAUAAAGAUAUCAACGGACCCGAAAGCUAAGACAUUCACAAUAGAGGACACCGGGGUGGGUAUGGACAAAGAGGAAAUUAUUAAUAACCUUGGUACCAUCGCGAAAUCUGGCUCACUUGCAUUCCUAGAAGAUCCAUCACUCAAUGCGAAGGAUAAAGCUAACGCCAUUAUUGGACAGUUCGGAGUUGGAUUCUAUAGCAGUUUUGUAGUUUCACAGAAAGUUGAGGUGUUCACAAGAAGCUUCGAUCCACAAAAGGGCAUUAAGGGAUACCAUUGGGUAUCCGAUGGAUCAGGGUCCUUUACAAUUAAGGAAACUGAAAAUCUACCUAGAGGAACUAAGAUUGUAUGUCACCUAAAGGACGAUUGCCUUGUGUUCGCAAACACUGCUAAUGUCAAAAAGGUGGCAGAAAAGUUCUCCGCCUUUGUUAAUUUCCCACUUUAUAUACAAGAAAAGGAUAGUGAAGUGGAAAUAACUACACAAAAACCAUUAUGGAUGGAAAAAACUGCAUCUGAUGAGGAACAUACCAAAUUUUUCAGAUACCUCAAUAAUGCAUCAUGGGGAGAACCGAUGUACAAAAUACAAUUCCAUUCCGACGCACCAUUGUCAAUCAAAUCGUUGCUAUACAUACCAGAAGAUGCGCCUAGCAGGAUGUUCACUUCCUCAAAUGAAGUUGGUGUGUCACUGCACUCAAGGAAAAUCCUGAUACAAAAAUCAGCUGAAACUAUUAUACCAAAAUGGCUAUUCUUCGUAAAAGGGGUUAUCGAUUGCGAAGAUAUACCGCUAAAUGUCAGUAGGGAACUAGUACAGGAUAGCCAACUGGUCAAGAAACUUGCUAAUACCAUAGUCAAACGGAUACUCAAGUACCUCAUCGACGAAAGUAAACGUGAUCCUGAAAAGUUCAGGAAGUUCUAUGACAAAUAUCAUUAUUACAUCAAGGAAGGGGUACUGGACGAAUCACAUAAACAUGGACCCUACCGUGAUCAGCUUCUCCAACUGCUUAGGUACGAGAGUUCUCUGGGGGAACCAAACCAAUUAAUGACACUUGACGAGUAUAUUGCCAAUAUGAAGGACAAGCAGAAGAAUAUAUAUUAUUUCUGCGCGGCAAACAGGGAGACGGCACUUGCUAGCCCAUAUAUGGAGACCUUCAAAAGGCGUAACCGGAAUGUACUGUUGCUUUACGAAGACAUUGACGAGUUUGUAUCUAUGAACAUACAGGAAUAUAAGGAAAAGAAAAUGAUCGCUAUUGACUCACCUGAAGAAGAUUUUGAACCGGAGCUUGAGAAGAUAGAAGACGAAGAAGCUGCGGAAGUUGAAGUGCUCACCGAAGAACAACGUAAACAGCUAUCUGAAUUUAUUCAGACAACACUUGGAACCAAGGUAUCUACUGUCAAAUUCUCAGAUAGGCUUGUUGACUCGCCAGCUGUGGUCACGGGGUUCCUUUCUUCUGCACUUAGGAAGGUCAUGAAGGCAACAAUGAAGGGUGCAACGGAUGCAGGUGCUAGUCUGUCUUCGUUACCGGCUACUUUGGAAAUCAACCCCAAGCAUAAAAUCAACACAACCAUAUAUCACGUUAUGCAGCAUGACACGGAAAUAGCGAAGAUGCUAGUCGAACAGCUGUAUGACAACGCAUCAAUCGCUGCCGGUAUUGUCGACGAUCCAAGGACUAUGCUAGGCAGACUGAACAAUAUUCUGUCGCUUACAGCGGAGUAUGCCCGUAAAAACACACAGUAA